AUGUUUCGACAGGCCCGUUAUUUUGAUGAUACCGAAAUCGUCGUCAUGCACACCAUCGUAGCUGUGACUCUGGUGGCCGUCGUCGUUAAUUGUAUCGUCAGCAGUUGCCGUUCUGUGGCGAUUAACCAGCCGCCGAAAACUGCACUGCGAUUAGCGAACAGUAAAUCAAUACAAUAA